GCUUUGCAGCCAUAAAACAGCUCGCAACCUGCAAAAAAAUACAGUAGAGAAGCAUCCGCGCGAGCCCUGCACCGCUGCGCAUCACCACGAUGCACGGCCACCUCGGCUACCAGCGCAGAGCCAUGGGCCUCCAGGACCGCACCUUCAGCUUCGCGCGCCACGGCGAGGCGCGGCACAACGAGUUCAUAAGAGACGGCAGAGAUACUGAGGGGCGCGCAUUGCUUGAUCCGGCCUUGACGGAGGCGGGCGAGGCGCAGGCUAGUCAGCUCGCCGAAGCUUUAAAGCCUCCGGAGCGGCAGUUCGACAUCAUCGUGACGAGUCCCCUGUGUCGAGCGUUGCAGACCGCCUCGAAAAUAGCAGAGACGCAGGACGACGUUGAAAUAAUUGUGACAUCAUUGCACACCGAGACGGCGAUGCCUCCCGCUGACGCCUGCCAGCGCGGGUCGCUCGACGCAUCGAUGAUCGAAGCACGGUAUCCUAGCUUCGACGUCGCUAGAAUACGGACGCCGCGCGACUGGAUCUGCGCCGACGGCGGCUGGUUCGCGCCGAGGGCCGCCGAGGCGCGCCUCGCGGAGUUCCGGGAGCUUCUGAAUGCGCUGCCGCCCCACAAGGACGUGCUCGUCGUGGGCCACGCGGGCUUCUUCAAGCGGCUUUUUGGAGAGGACCAGAAGAUGGGGAAUUGUGAAGUCGUGACUCGCGCGCUCGACGGGGGGGCCGUCGCGGCGGGGUAAUAAUGGUUUGUUGUGG